UGUCAUGUUAGUAAAUGAGAUCCAUUUUUCUAUUGAGUCCCUUUAGAUUUUACUGUAGCAAGAUCUAAUGGAAGAAAAAAUACUCUCUACCGAUUCUCCCUCUCCCCAACUCAUUUUUCUCCCGCGGAAUUUCCCUGCAGCAUAAAGUCCCUCGUUCCUUUCUUCCUUCCUUCUCCACAGAAAUUACAAGACAUUCCAACUUGGUUCCUCUUCUGGGAUUCUACGCAGGGCCGAGGGGAGAGAAGCUUCUUGUUCACCCCUUUUACAGGCGCGGCAAUUUGGCAGAAUUCAUUCUAGACGAUGCCAGUAUCAUUUGCGAGGGAGAGGCACUGGUUUGUCUCUGAAGUGUGUAGAAGGGGGAAAGGAACUUGAAGAAAAGGAAGGUAAACGAGUUAAAGUGGUUUUCAUGGCUUCUGGGUUACAGAUCCAAGGGGACGAGUCCGUGCUCUUGCGCGUAACACAUUCCAACCUCAAGUCCUUCUCCGCUGACAUUCGCUUCUCGCUUCAGAUGCCAGUGGAAUCCGUGAAAGAAAAGCUCUGGAGAAAAUGUGGCACUUCCGUUAAUUCUAUGGGCCUUCAGCUCUACGACGAUACCAACACCAAGAUUUCGGAUUUGACCGACAAUUCGAGGCCGUUUGGAUUCUAUUCUCCGCUUGAUGGGUACCGGUUACAUGUUAUAGAUCUUGACCCUUCAUCGGUAACCUCUGGUGGUUGGCUGGAAGACACUUCAUUGGUGGAGAAAUACUCCAUUUCAGAAGAAGCUUAUGAGAAACGUGAUGGAACUUUUAGAAAAUUUAAGGGAAAAUUGAACUCCCAAAAUCCAUCAACUCCCGGGAACAAGAUAUUUGACAACUACAUGGAAGAUCUAUGUGCCAAUAUCAAGGUAGGAAAUAGAUGUGAAGUUGAACUAGGGGAGAAACGAGGUACUGUAAAAUUUGUGGGUCGGGCAGAAAACCUGGCACCUGGUUACUGGGUUGGAGUUCAAUAUGAUGAACCAUUGGGAAAACAUGAUGGCAUGGUGAAAGGAGUACAAUACUUUGAUUGCCCUCCGCUUCAUGGUGCAAUGGUUAGGCCAGACAAAGUAAAGGUUGGCAACUACCCCGAAAGAGAUCCCUUUGAAGUGGACGAAAUAUAAGCUGGUCAUGAAGAGACUACUCCGAUGCUUCGUGUUUUUAUGUAAUGCUUAUAACCUUCUGGAUGUAUUGAGACAGCAACUUCUUUACUUGGAUCUGUUACAAUUAAGACACUUUUGGCUUGAGGGAUUGAUUUUAACGCUUAAGCGGUAAACGAAGAAGUGGAACUCUUGGCUUGAGUGUUCUAGCAGCAGUCUGGAUGUAUUUUUGUGUGGAGGACAUACUUAAUUUUUCAGGGUCGCCAAAAAGGUCGGGGCAGGGAGUGAAACAUGCUGCAAUUCCCAAGUAUGAUGAACGAUUGCUCACUAGAAUCGGCUGAUUUUCUUGCGAGUGAAAAACAAUGAUGAAUGAUUUCUAUUUUCUAACUAUACAAAGGAGCUGUGUUGCGAACAUCUUGUUUUGUUCAA